GUUUGGUAGAUGAAGGUGGACAGAAGCUGAACAAAUGGGUCACAAGUGGAGUAGAAGGUGUCGAUCCCAAAUCGGGUCUCAACUUCACUGCCCUCGCUCAGACUGGUGUGAUCACUAACGCUUGGGUUCUCUAUCUUGACAAGGAUCACAAACAGAUUGUGAAGCUCUUGGGAAUUAACACCUUCGAGAAUGAUACAGUCUAUCUCGAGUCCAACGUCACCCAUUGGGAAGAGCUCGACGAGGCAUUAACUUUGGACGUUGCCAUGAAGGAUAUUUACCAGGCGUAUGAUAUCUUACAGAGCCACAACCGGGCACCAGCGAAGGAUGAGGCUCCGGAACUACGUGCGGCUAUUGGACAAUAUCAAGCCCAGUCGACGGGAAUUCUUUUUCGAG